AUUCGGUGAUAUCAAAUGGAGGAAGAUAACCAAAGUCCUAGUCCAUCGGAAUCAUCAAUUAAAACUGAUUAUGAUGCCAAAAUUCGAGUCUUGUAUUCCACAAAAAAUAAUAAAUCAGAAGAAGAAUCAGUGUUUGCCCAUCGUCUAGUCCUUUCAACAUUCUCUCCCCUCUUCCAGCAAUUGCUCCAGGAUGCCACGUCAUCAAGCACAUCUACCACAUCUUCCACAUCAUCAGAUGACGUCAUUUCAAUCAGUUUGGAUCUAACAGCGUUCCCAAACGCCCUUGCCGCAUUCAAAGUGAUACUGGAAGCGUUAUACACUGGUGAUAUAAAAAUGAAAAGUGUCGCAGCGAAUGAGGUUCUCGCGGUAUCUCGUCAUUGUCAAAUAUCGAGUCUGGAGCCAAAAAUCAUGUCAGCAGUUGCUCCAUUGCCUUUAAAUCUAGCCAAUAUACUGAAUUGCUCACAAAGUGUACCUUUGAAUUCAAAUCCUUUCCUACAGUACACCUCACCGCCAAUUCAAAACUAUUUGUCCAGUAUGAUCAGUUUAUGGAGUAAUCCAUUCUUCAGUGCACUUUUUGGAAAUACAACUGGUACACCAAGUCUGCCAUUUUCACCACAAUCGGAUACAGAGAAUAGUAGAACACAAUCAGAAGGAAGUUCACCACGUGCUAAUUCAACAUCAACUCCACCAACAACUGAUCUUGAAAAGAUUGUACCAAAUGAUGAUAAAGAAGGAUGGUGUCGAAAUAAGAAAUAUAUUGAAAAAGUUGAUGGCGGAUUUAUGUGCACUGUAUGCCGAAAGAUCUAUGGACGGUACAAUUCAGUUUCAUAUCAUGUUACCAUUUAUCAUAGAAAUCCACCAAUUAAAUGUGAAGAAAAUGGAUGUAACUUUUCAACUCGUGAAGCAAGAUAUAUUCAUUUUCAUAAAUAUUAUCGUCAUCACAUUCCUCUUCCGGAAAAUAUUGAUUUAGGUUCUCGAAAGUGUCCAUUCUGUAGACACGUCUCAAAAAGUCCUGCAAUGUUGGAAAAACAUAUUGCUCGACACGAAACCGAUGGGACAAGUGGUGGCACACCAGGCGCAUUGAAAAGAGCACAGAGCAAAAAGAAAAUUGUUCCAACAAUGACUACUGACGUCAUUGAUCCGAAUGUUUCCUCAAUCUUUGCUCCAACAAAUCCAGCUGGAAAUAUUCCGAUUCAAUGCUCAUUGUGCCCGUUCUCCACUCACUCCACAGAUCUUCUGUUCAUUCAUUUGGCAAUGCAGCAUGCUCAGGAACUUGCACAAUGUUCAGGAUUACUUGCAGAUAAUUCUUCAGAAACAUCUACAUCAAGUAGUAGUGAUGGUGAACCAAUGAUAACUGAUAUUGAUUUAGAUGUGAAACCAUUAAUUGAUCAGUCAUUAAUGCUUCACUUAAAUACUCCAUUAUCUAAUUGAAUUGAUCUUCUUCCAAAUCAUGACCUAUAUUUUACUACUUCAUUUUUUUGUUAGGGCUUUAGAUGCUUGUGAUCCCCCAACCUCUGAAAUUGGUUCACGUUUUCUUUCUAAAUACCCAGUGCCUUUGUAUUUUCAAAAUUCUUUUUUUACAAUAAACCAAUUAAAAAAAAAUAUUUAAA